AUGGCUUCCGAGAACAUAAAUCCCGACACAGUCUCCAAAGCCGUCGACGCGCUCCUCAAAUGGCGUCGUUCCCAAUCGGAGACUCAGAAGCCGAAACUCUUCGACCAAGACGAAGAAUUCGUGUACCUCAUCUUAACGCUGAAGAAGGUUCCGGCGAAAUCGCGCUUUAAUCCUCACAAGAUCCCUCUCCCUCACUCCCUCCUCUCGCCGUUCUCCGAACAAUGCUUUAUCCUCGACGACCGGGCCAACAAGGCGCGCGUCACCAAGGCCCAGGCCCAGACCAAGAUCCAAUCCGAGUCCAUCCCCAUCGCCAAAAUCCUCAAACUCUCUAAACUUGCCUCCGAUUAUCGCCCUUUUGAGGCGAAGCGGAAGCUCUGUGAUUCCUACGAUAUGUUUUUUGUAGAGAAGAGUAUUGUGCCGUUGCUUCCGCGGCUACUCGGGAAGCAGUUUUUCAAGAAGAGGAAGGUGCCGGUGCCGGUGGAUCUCAAGAAGAAUAACUGGAAGGAGCAGGUGGAGAGGGCGUGCUCGUCCGCGAUGCUGUUCAUGCGGACCGGGACGUGUAGCGUGGUUAGGGUUGCAAAGGUGGGGAUGGAGAGGGACGCGAUUGUUGAGAAUGUGGUAGCGGCUAUUGAGGGGACUGUGGAGAUUGUGGUCCCGGAUGUGAAGUUGCGGAUUGAGGGUGUGAAGGAGGAGGCUGAGAUAAAGGAGAAGAAUAAGAAGAAGAAGAAAAAGGAUGGUGAAGUUCGCGAAACGGCGAAGAAGGGCAGGAUUCAUGAAGUUAAGUAUAUGGAUGAGAAUGGUGGUGAGGAUGAGAUUGAAGAUGAAUUGACGAGUGAUGGUGGUGGUGGUGAUGAGAAGAGGAAGAGGGGGGUUUCGAGUGUGUUGAGUAGUGGUAAGAGGUUGAAGAAAUCGUCUGGUGUCAAGGAGAAGAAGGAAAAGGGGAAGAGUAGAAGUGAAUUGGUUGUUAAGAAUGAAGAGUCUAGUGCCAAGGCGAAGAAAAAGGUGAAGAGUGGAAGUGAAUUGGUAGUUAAGGACGAGGAAUCUGGUGUAAAGAAGACGAAGAAAGGGGAUUUGAAGAAGAUGAAGAUGGGGGAUGUGAAGGUGAAGGCUUUGAAAAGUUUGAAGGCCAAGAAAAGUAGGAAGGCUUUGUGA